GCGCGGUUGCGUUGCAUGAGUAUGACACGCGCAAAAAGACACGAUCGAGCACACCGAUCGAUCAUGGCGGACUGGGCGGAACUUCUCCCGGAGCUUGUCCAAGGCAUCGCCGAUUGCGUCCUCUCCACCACCGGCGGCGGCGAGGCGUACAUGAACAUGAGGGCCGUCUGCUCUAGCUGGCGCUCCGCCGUCGCCAAGCCAUCUCCACUCGCCGCCAUCACCGAUCUCCGUUUCCGGCCACGGCACUGGGUCAUGCUCGACCUGCCAUCCAAGAAAGAAGACGACGAUGCCGACGGCUGCCUCUUCCUCCACGUCCUCACCGGGCGGUUCCGCUUCUUGCGCCUCCCGGUGCUUCAUGACCACAUCCUUGUUGGUGCUUCCGACGGUCUUCUCGUGCUCGGGGACAGGGAUCAGCCCCCGAACUUGGCUCGUGUUCUCAACCCCCUGACAGGCGACAUGCUGCACUUUGCCGCGCCAUUCCAUCAACCUUUCUCGAACCUUUGGUCAACCGCGGUUUCUCAUUCGAGGCUGAUCUUGUGGGGAUAUGCAAUGCUUGCAUGGGCUGCUCCAACCAGCGACGAGUUUACCAAGGAGGACAUUGGAAAGAGCACGGCUAGCAUGGGUGCCUUCCACGGCAAUGUCUAUGUGGUGGAUCUGCAAAGACAGCUAUUCAAGUUUAUCUCACCAGCAGAGCAGUGUGAUGCCGACGUCGCGCUCAUAGCACAGGUGCCGCUGAAUGUCGACGUAUAUUCAGACGAAGACGAAGAGGAAGAGAUCCUAUUCUCUUAUAGUCUCGUGGAGUCUGCAGGGGAACUGCUGCUCAUUCGCCCCCAUGGUCGAGCCUUGCAAGUUUUCAUAGUCGACGUCGAGCGCAAAUCGUUGCAGGAGGUCAAGAGCCUCGGCGGCUGCCAUGCGCUGUUCCUUGGCCCCAUGAGGUGCAUGUCUGUGGAUGCGGCUAACCUUCCGUCCGUCGACAGUGACUGCAUAUACUUGCUUCAUUGGGUGGGAAAAUCGGAACACAUGUCCGUGUAUAGCCUAAGGGAUGACAAGAUGGAGUUUAUCUCUAGCGGGGACCAUCCUGAUCGACCUUUCAGCCUUGUUCAGGUUCUCUUACGGUACUGUGAUUUUCUUGAUGAGUAA